AUGAGGUGUUCCUCUGUGAGAACCCUCCUGCAGAUCUAACCAAACACCUAAAAAUGCAUGUGGAUGUCGGUGAAUUCUUGAACGGAUCAGUGGUUGUUGUCAUAUUUCUUAUAGUUUUGUUGACUGUCAUAACAUAUCAGAUGCUUAAUGAUUACAUGCGUAAAUGGAGAGACCUGAAACCUAUCCCUGGGAUUCGUCCAACUUACCCGUUAUUAGGCAAUGCGCUCAACUUUAAAUCUAAUGGGAGAGAUUUCUUUUGUCAGAUAGUUGGCUACACAAAUGAAUUCCGGAAUUCUCCACUGCUUAAAUUAUGGAUUGGACCUGUCCCAUUCCUCAUCCUAUACCAUGCUGAGACUAUUGAGACAGUGCUGAAUAACCCUAUUCACAUGGACAAGGCCUAUGCAUACAAAUUUCUGCACCCCUGGCUGGGAACAGGACUACUCACAAGUACAGGGGAUAAGUGGAGACACAGACGUAAGAUGUUGACUCCAACAUUUCAUUUCUCUAUUCUGACUGAGUUCCUGGAGGUGAUGAAUGAGCAGGCAGAGGUGCUCAUAGAAAAACUAGAGAAGCAUGCUGGGAAAGGCCCAUUCAACUGCUUUAACCACAUCACUCUCUGUGCACUUGACAUCAUCUGUGAGACUGCCAUGGGAAAGAAGAUCUAUGCACAGAGCAAUUAUGACUCUGAGUAUGUACGCUGUGUGUACAGAAUGAGUGACAUCAUCACUAGGCGCCAGAGAAUGCCUUGGUACUGGCCUGACUUUGUGUAUAACUAUUUUGGGGAAGGCAGAGAACACAAUCGUAGCCUGAAGAUCCUUCACUCUUUCACUGAGAGUGUAAUUUAUGAAAGAGCGGAGUAUAUCACCUACAUUGAGUCUGACAGCGAAUCAGAUCAGGGGAUGAAGAAAAGGAGGGCUUUCUUGGAUAUGCUGUUAAAAACAACAGAUGAGGAUGGGAAAAAGCUAACUCACAAAGACAUCCAGGAGGAAGUGGACACCUUCAUGUUUGAGGGUCAUGACACUACAGCUGCCUCCAUGAACUGGGCCAUACAUUUGUUAGGCUCCCAUCCUGAAGUUCAAAGAAAAGCACAACAAGAACUAUUUGAGGUGUUUGGUGAGUCUGAGAGGCCUAUUAACACGGAGGAUCUGAAGAAACUGCGUUACCUGGAGUGUGUGAUAAAGGAGUCUCUUCGUCUCUUCCCCUCUGUGCCAUUUUUUGCUCGAACCAUCUGUGAGGAUACACAGAUCAAUGGUUAUAAAGUCCCUAAAGGAGCAAAUGCCAUCAUCAUUACCUACGCCCUCCACCGUGACCCUCGUUUCUUCCCUGACCCAGAGGAGUUCCGUCCUGAACGCUUCUUGCCAGAGAAUGUGGUUGGGCGACAUCCUUAUGCCUUCAUUCCUUUCUCUGCCGGCCUACGCAACUGCAUUGGCCAACGGUUUGCUGUGAUGGAGGAGAAGGUUAUUCUGGCUUCUAUUCUGCGCUACUUUAAUAUAGUGGCGUGUCAGAAGAGGGAUGAGCUCCGUCCGCUGGGGGAACUGAUCCUGAGACCAGAACAAGGCAUCUGGAUUACACUGGAGCGCAGAAAAUGCUAACAAACACAAUAACACUCACAUACAUUGAUGUUGAGCAGUGCAACUCUUCUGUAACUGAAAAUACUACUAUAUGUUUAAUAUGUUUAAUGACUUGUAUGAAAUGUCAGAUUUCAAGAAGUCUGAAAAAAUUAUGUCAACUCACAAAUUCUCACAUAAUCCAUACUUUUGUCUAAGAGAACUAUUUGUGAUUUUACACUUAACAUAUAGUAAUAUUAUGAGAAACAUAAUUUGUACCAGUUUAUUAUUAAACAUUAAUAUUAAAGAGUCUACAGUA